AUGGCUUCAGGAGGAGAACAGCAGGCAACCACCUCGGGCAAUCAGCAGGCACCUUGCGCAAAUAAUGGUAGCGCGCAAGCAGCGGCCAUGCCCUCCGACCCGCAGGCCUUCGCUCAAUUUUUCCGGGCGUUUGAAACAUUCUAUAGGCAAUGUAGGCCUGGGAAUUUAGCUCCCCUCGUCCCCAACCCAUCACAGGAUGUUAUUCCGGAUACACCGCCCAGCAAUCAAGGGCAGCUAGGAAUCCCAGGACCAGCGGGGGCCAGUGCCCAAGCCGAAACGUCCGGUACGGGUCGGCCGAAUACCCGUGCCCAAGCGGCCAGUUCUAGGAAGGCCAAUCAAGGCACGGGAAAAGGUAAGGCACCGUCAAAAGUUCCUGGCAAGGGUAAGGUCACUUCCAAGGGUGCGAGCUCCAAUACUUUCUCACAGGCGGUAGACAUACCUAGUGUGUUCCAGGAGCGGCAGCCCCAGCAUAACUCUACCGAGGACAGUGAGAAUUCCGGCGGGGAGGAAGAGCGCAGGGAACACCAAGUGGCUCAGCCGGUGGCCGAGGCGAAUCCGACCAUCGUCGAGGUCCAGGGCGGCAAGCGGAAGUGUAAGAAGAAGCACACGUCCGCCAAGAAGAGGAGCAGGCAAUCCGAGACGGAAGAUGAGACAGGUACGUCAUCUUCUGAUUCGGACAGCGACUGUCCCAUGGAUGGUUACUGGGGCUUGGGAGAAGGGAAUCACGGGAUUCCACUGUGGGCUCACGAAAGGAGGGCCAACUCUCACCGUAAAACGUUUAAUGGAGUAUUGGACUGGAAGGAUGGGGCCCUGGUUGAGGAUGUAAAGGUGGCUACCGAUCAGUCCACCGAUUUUAUAUUGGGGAAUCAUUUGUCCCAGAAGAAGAGGAAUAAGAUCCUCAAUGGCGAUUACGUAGACAUGUUUACCCUGCUCCCUCCAACAAAGCUGUUAGGUAAAGGUGAAAAGAGGCGAUCUUCUGGUAAAGGAAGAUACCGGACCCCCAGGGCGGAGCGCACGUUCGAAAACUGGCUAGACGGGUACCAAGUUUUCAUGGGAGUUGUUUGCGCGGCGUAUCCUCGGAGAUCCAUGGAUUUGGUGGCCUAUUUAGCUCAUGUUAGGCGGGCUCACUCUCUCGCGGGGGAGCAUGCCGCGCUAAUGUAUGACGAGAAUUUUCGUAGAAAUGCUUCUCUCCUCCCUACCACUCGAUGGGACCUAACGGACCCUAACUACUGGGGCGAGGACGUGAACCCGUAUAUUGAAAAGAAAAACCCGGGAUCGACAUUGACCAAGGCUGGUAAGACUGAGGUGAAGCGGCGUCGCCUCUGCUGGGAGUUCAACAGGGGUGUAUGCUCCAGACCCGCCUGUAAGUAUUUACACGAAUGUGACAGGUGCUGGGGUAAUCACCCCGCCUCUUCGUGCUUUAAGAACAAGCAGCAGCCCUUUCGGGGGGGCAGGGGUACUUCCACAACAACAAUAGAGGUGCCCCCGGACCUUCAAACCAGGGACCCGGCAAUCGCCAAUAACCCGCAUCUUGGCCUCGCCUUCUCCCCCGUUCGCUCCACCUUGGGCUUCUUCCGGUGCAGCAGAAAAUAGGGCGUGUCUCCUACAACAGAGCUAUAGGACCUGUUCAAAGUGAAGCUGGCAGCUUUCCAAGCUUCGACCCAAAAGCUCUGAGGCAAACCAGAGUCAAACAGUAGAGCGUCAGCUGCCUCAGCUAACGUUUUGUUCCUGCGCGCCGCUACGCCAUUCUCCUGCGGAGAAAAAGCAACCGUCAACCUGUGACUUAUCCCCUUCUGGCGGAAGAAACUCUGCAGAGCAGACCCAGUGAACUCUCCGCCUCGGUCACUCUGAAAGCUCUGCACCUUGGUGGAAAACUAGUUCCACCGCCGCAACCCAGUCUUCGAUCAGUUGAGCUGCCUCGCUUUUCCGUUUAAGCGAGAAGAUCCAGCCGUUCCUCAAAAAAUCAUCUGUCAGUGUGAGCGCAUACCUGGCUCUGCCCAGACUCGGUACUGGCAUGGGUCCACAAAGGUCUGUAUGCACUAGCUCAAAAGGCCUGGUGGUUACCCUCUCCGAUCUGGGAUAACUGCACCUUUUUAUCUUUGCUCUUUUGCACGCCCUACAAUCCAGAAAUUUAUCACAUGCUUUCAUCUUGCAACCCUCAGUGUACUCUGGUAACUUCUGGAUAUAUAACUUCUGCGACAUUCUCCUGUGCCACAAGUGAGCACACGAAUCAUGUGUGGGAACGUUAGCACACUGCGCCUGUGCUGUCUCAGUGUUCCCCUUACCCUCCAGAGGUGUCUCCAGAACAAAGAGGUUGUUCUGACAUGCAACAUUGACCAGUUGUUUCCCACCCCUGGAAAUAGAACAGACAUCAUUUUCAAAGCAAACCUUAUAACCCUCUUUUACAAGAGCAGAUACAGAUAAAAGACAACACUUCAUUCCUGGCACAACGUAGACUUCCAGCUCUGCCUGUAAAAAAGAAACAAACACAUUUCCAACAGUGGUCAAUUGUCUCUGUGAGCCAUCAGCAAGAGUGACUGUUUUCCCAGUUGAAACAGCCCUGCAGUUCCACAUUUCCACAUCAGGUGAUGGCUGGCUCCUGAGUCGAUGACCCAAUGCAGCAUGCUGCCCUCACCGGAGUUGUCCUUCAGCGUUGCCAUAGAGGCAGCUAGGUGAUAAGAAGAACCGUCCUUCUCACUUCCUCUGUCACGUCCUCCCUUUGCAUUCCCACGCUGGCCUCCUCUCCUAGACUGGCUGCCAUGGAAACCUGGCUGGCUGCCAUGAGGACUUGGCUGACUGCCAUGGGAAGUGACCUUGGAGACAUCCUGCCCAGCCUCUCUGGCUCUCCUCGGACAGGAUCGUCGCAAAUGGUCAACAGACCCGCAGACAAAACAAUGAUGAGUGGAAAAAGCCUGAACUGUGCCUUCUGGCUUGGCCCCCCCUCUGUUGCCGGCAGGGCACCCUGCGCCAGCUCGGCCCUCUUUGAGACAGCGUUCCUCCUCGUCACAGAAACGACCAGUCACAUAUUGCAGCGUAAGAUCCGCUUGCAACAGUCUCAGCUUGUUGAAAACAGAGAGCACCUUAGUCACAUGCUGUCUGAUGCUAUCACCAGGACGCAGCUUCAGCUCAAACAAGCUUCUGGUGGUGUGGAUCUUUGCCCCAGCUGUGGUCCUGUGGUGCACUCUCUCUAG